AGAAUGUCAGGUCUGCUCGGAUCUUUUGCUGCAUGCAUUGCUUGCCAGGCUUGCACAUGCGUAUCAUCGAGCAUUUGCACCUUUCUAUGCGGAAAACUGUGUUCUGGGAAUGACUCUCCAAAGCAAGAGACUGUAGUCUCUCGGACAUCGAGGUUAACGUAUUUCUUCUUGUUCCUAGUUGUGGUGCUGGCAACCUGGAUUUUCAGAGACAAGGCUCCAGAGUCCUUCACUGGGAACGAUAUCUUUAGCAAGAGCCUCAACUGUCCGAGUGAUACGAAAUCGAAUGGAUGUGUCGCGCGAGCUUUCGUCUUGCGCCUUUGUUUCGCGACUUCAGUCUUUCACCUCACACUGGGGCUCCCCACUAUUGGUGUCAACGACUACUCAAAUCCCCGUGUUGCCUUUCAUACAGCUCUAUGGCCGAUCAAGCUGGCGUGGUGGGCCAUACUGCACUUCAUUGUCUUUCUGAUCCCAUCGUCGUUCUUCCUUGGAUUUGGAUGGCUGGCGUUGAUUUUCGGGAUUCUUUUUAUCCUCGUCCAGAUCAUCUUGUAUAUUGAAUGGGUGUAUCAAUUGAAUGAGGAUUGGAUUGCCAGGGAUGGAGCGGAGAACAUCUCUGGGCCAUUUCACAUUGCCAUUAUGAUCAUUUCUUUCAUUUGCUUUGGCGGGUCUGUUACACUGACAGCAUUCAUGUUCAAAUGGUUCGGAACAAGUUCGACGCAGCCCGAGGAAUCAUGCGGGCUCUACUUGUUUUUCAUUUCCUGGAACCUUAUUAUGUUCGUGUUUCUUACAAUCCUUUCGUUUCGCGCAACCGAAUGGGUUCCUUCGACAGGCCUGCUUCCGAGCACACUCGUCGCGAUCUUCAUGACGUUUAAGGUUCUCAACGCGCUCUACUCGCAGAAUACGUGCAACUCUAUCAGCGCUGCAAGCAGCACAGGGCCUCCGGAGGUCAUUGGUGGGAUUUCUAUCAUCAUCGCUGUCGUUCUGGCAGCUUACAAUAGCGUAUGGAUCUCAAAAGGAAUGGACCGUGAUGGUCAGUUCUGGGGGCCAACGCACGAUAGCGGUGCCCAAUCGAACGAUCGUUCGGUUCCUCUUGUGGAGCUCGAAGCACAACCAACGAACCACAUGAACACAGAUACUGUUGAACACGGCGAAUCAGAAGCUCCUGCGCUUUCUGGACCCGUCGGCUACAAUGUUGCUUUCUUCCAUUUCGCAGUAGCAUUUGGAAUGUGCUACGUCGCAAUGCAGCUUACAAACUGGAACACUGAAUACACCGUGAACAGCAUCGAUAAGAGCACUACAAGCAUGUGGAUCAAGAUUGUAGAUUCUUGGAUUCUAUCUCUGAUGUACGGAUGGUCCAUGAUCGCGCCCAAGGUUUUGACAAAUAGACAAUUCGAGUACUAGAGUCUGUUUUGUCCUUGUCAGACCUGAAGUUUGUACUUUUAACGUGUGCAGAGUAUUUUUAUUUUAUUCCGCUUUUGCUAAAUACAGCAAGUUUCUUGCC